AUGGAAAUAAUAUAUUCAUUACCUUAUAUGGCUCUCAUAUCAAUGCUAUUCGCCUAUUUCACGUGUGCUGAAGGAAAUACGAGAAAAACAGAAACAGAAACUAGAAUACCUGUUCUACUAGAGUGGGAAGAAUCAAAUGAGACAGUAUUGUUUUACCCCGACAAUAUAACCAAUUCCGAUCAAAAUGAUCCGUUUUGUGAUAGAAUCGUGGCUAUCACUUUAUUCGAAGCACAACCUGAUGGUUCUCCUUAUAUAAAUAUAGCUAUUGGCGUAUUAUUAGACGAGAGUCGCAUUCUAACAUCUUUUAAUCCAUUUAGGGAAAUGAUAAAAAAUAAAAAUGAAAUGGCGAAGAUUAAGUUUACGUUUAUGUCAAGCCGAAAAUCUUACAUGUCUGCAUCGAAUUCAAACGUCGAAUAUUAUGGCACUUUUACUAGAACCAUUGGAUGUGUACGUAGUGUAAUUCCCAUGAAGGAUGAUGAAAUAUUGUUUGAUCAGUGGCACGAUCCAAAUCAAAAACACAGUCCAGUUCAUGACUUAUUGGUUUUAGGAACAAAUUCCCCUGUAAAAUUGGGUGAUUUAGGAAACAAAACCGUUGGAGUGGACGAUGAAAACCGCAAAACUGAUAUAGUAGAAGCUGGGCCAAUAAUAACGAAAUUCGGAAGUGUUAGCACUUACCCUGAUCAAGAAUUGAAGUUAAUUUCUUUAGGUCUGACAUCCUAUGAACCGAUUUCCGUGUACAAAACAAUAGAAUUUGCAAUCAUUGAUCAAAGUUAUCUUGUAGAUUGUAACUUUUGGCUACCAAAGUCCUGGGGAUAUUUUAUUUGUAUGAGGAAUAAUCCUAAAUUUACAGGAUUUGCCUCUAGCGCAAUGUUGUUCUCGAAUGAAACGCUUAUUGCCAUCGGCAGUUUUACGAUUUGGAGAGGAGCAGUUAGUGUAUUGGUGUUUACCGACGUCAGACCUUAUGCUAGAUUGAUAAAUAACACAUGUACAGAAAACGACGCAGCAAUUCUUUCCAAAGCACAUGGAUGA